GGGUUUUACUUGCCUUGCCUUGCCUUGUGUGCCACGCUGGACCAAGUUAGACCAGCAGCAUUCCAGCACCGAAGUCUCUUUGCGUUCGAAGGCAUGUAAACAACAACAACAACAACAACACGCGUAUAAAAAUAACUGACCAGUUCCCUCCACGGCAUUGUCAAAAACGAAACCUCAACCCGGUAAAUAUUCCACCACAAAGUGGCCCAUCUUGUUCCCCAAAACCCCUUCCUUACUACACUACCUAACUACCUCUUACUUUCCCAAAAUCUAAACCACAACAUCCACCUACUCACGUCUACCACAAAAACAAUGUUCCUCUCCCUCACCAGCACCAUCACCGCCGCUCUCCUGAGCAAUAGCCCGAGCAAUAAUAGACUCAACAACAACCUUGCUCAUCACCAGCAGCAGCCUCCGACAGUCUUGUCAAUCCCAACAACUUGCCACCUGAAAACGCUUGCGACACCAUGCUUCACUCACACGUCCACGACGAACCCGCGCUAUUGUCCCAAGAUGGUCUGCCCCCAGCCUACGCCUGCGCUUGCGCCUACGCUUACGCCUACGCCUACUGCUGGGCCCAUGGCUUGUCCGUUGUAUAUAAGGGUUACUACUGUUGAGGUUCCGUGCAGAAACGACUGCUGUCCGACUACGCCGACGGUGUUGGUGACGAAGCCGUGUCCGAGUUGUGUUACUGGGUGUGUGGUGCCGACGGAGACGGUUACAGUGACCGCGACGGGGUGCGAGGGGAGUGGGAGUAG